CCCUUAUCCUCCUUCAUGCAUCGUGUCUUCUCUCUUUCCUUAUCAGAAACUAUCCUCAAUUUUCUUUCAGUUCUUUUUUGCCUUACCCACCUACAACCAUGCAUUGCUAUUGAUUUGGGUAGCCAUUGAAGGAUAUUUUAUGAGUGUUGAAACCCGAUUGAAGUAUGAUUAGAUCUGGGUUUCAUCACAUAAAUUAAUAAUCUGAAGAAGUUAGUGAUGAUAAGAAAAUGAAGAUCGACCACGCGCUUGGGACUGUCAAGUCCAAUGGCAUCCAGAAAGUUCUCGCUCUCCGUGGAGAUCCAAGGGUUUGCGUCUGUCUAGUUCGCCUCAAUCGACACUGUGUGCGGUGGGGAGUGGUUGUGGGUACAGGCAGUGGUCUAUCCGUGGUAGCCCUAAGUGUCAAUCGUGACUCCCCUCGCCACUAAGAACUUGGGAUCUACUGUAUGUUGCUGCGGGGGAAGUUGCUAGGUCGUGGUUAUGGUAUCGGACUCCAAAACCGACUUGUCGUUUCCCCACUGGACCUCCAUUCGCCAACGUUUUGGUCCUGACUCUUCUUUCUUUGCUAUUGGCAACUUUGAGAGAGAACUUCUCGCCAAACAGAUUUUUUGAAGUUGCUGGUUUGCUUGGAGCUUGGAGGAGGUGCAGGAGAAAGAGAAGAAAGAAAGGUUGAAGGAUGAGGAUGAGGGCAUUUAAGUAAUUUUAAUUUUUUAAUGUAUUAAUUGAUUAAAAAAAUGUGAGUUUUCCUUGUUGGAUUUCCACGUCAUUAACAUUUAAGAAAUUAAGUGAUUUUGU